AUGAGAACUCAGAAACCACGCACCAGUGAUGCAUUAGCUGUAGCCUUCGAAUUUCAAGGAAGAUCAGACUCAUGGAAAGAAUCAGGCGUAUACUUCUGGCAUAUACUGAGAGUGGUAUAUCUUGUACGGCCCAUACAUCCCACGACGCCAUAUAACACCGGAGAUACCCCUGAGGGGACCACUAACAGAGCCAAGUGUACCAUUACUGGGGUAUGCCGGCCAUCAGCUGGCCUGGAUCGGGCCCUGUUACAACCCCAGAUGCUAACGAAGCCUCUCCUCCCUCCUGCAGGCGGAUUUACCAUCUUCGCCCCCUCCGACUCCGCCUUCUCCCUGCUGCCUCGCUCGGUGGUCUCGCAGCUUCAGAACAAUACGGACAAACUGCGGGAGGUGGUGCUGUUCCACGUGGUGCCAGGCGUGCUGCGGCUCGAGGACCUCACGGACAACGGCAUGCUGUCUUCAGCCUCGCCAAAGGGCCGGAAGCUGCGAGUCAACGUUUUCAAACACGGGUCCGAUUUGCAGGAUGUUGUGACCAUCAACGGAGCCCGGGUUAAGCGCCACGACAUGAUCGCAACCAACGGCGUCAUCCACGUGAUCGAUAAGGUCUUGUACCCUAUGGCGGACCUUAGCAUUAUGGACCAUCUGACCACAUGCGAGACCUUUACUGGAGCAAACGUGGCUGUGACAGGUGCUGGUCUGACGCCAGUCCUUGAGCAAGACGGUCCCUACACUGUGUUCUUGCCCACGACUGAGGCCUUCGCUGCUAUAGACAAUGCCACGGUGUCGAGUUUCAUUGAAAACAUAACUCUCCUGCAAAAUGUUCUGAUGUACCAUAUCGUCCCUGGAGCGUACUUCAGCGAGGGACUGAGAGAUGGGACGUGGCUACCGACUCUUGCUGAGGAACAAGAGUUGCAAAUGAGAGUCACUUCUGACGGUUACACGCGUCGUCUUGCUGGUGUUGGAGGAACAGCCAAUGUGAUAAAGCAUGACAUCAUCGCCACAAACGGAGUCAUCCAUGUUAUUGACACGGUGUUACGGCCUGAAAAGGAAACUCCUAUAUGCGGGCACUUCCGGUAAAGGUUAAUCGUAUUUAAUGGACUCUUCAGAUAAUUGCUCUUUAACCUGGUCUACAUGCUUACGAUGACGCAUUGUCAUUAUCCACAAUACUCAGAGAGACUUUGCUGUGCAACAAAUCCGUUUAUUUUCAUACCAUGGAAAUUACUAAGUCUGGGGGACAGUCUUAAGGAUAUGGUGAACUAUUCCACAUUAAGUAUAUUCUGGAGAUUUUGUUCUAGAAAUAUGGGUUAAGAAGAAAAAUACGAGAAACGAUGUAGACGCCAGAAGAAGCUUGCCAUGUAUCUUCUUAUUUCCGGGUAAAACGAAUAGUCUGUAGCUGAUUAUUUCCCGUCGAACACACUGUGAUGAGAGACAGCAUGUGUAACUUGUACAUAUAUUAAUGUAUAAAGAUGUUUUUUGUCAUAGAUUGAUAUAUGUAGUGUACUAUGUAGUAUUUUUAUGCCAGUGAAUGUCAGAGUAUUAUAUAUAUAUGAUAAACUGUUGGUUCACACAGGAUGCUUGCUCGGUCUCCGUUCUAGAAGCUUCUAAAUGUGGGAAAUCUUUGUUUAAGUACAAAACUGUGAAUACAGGCCUUUCCGCACAUGAGAUUUCCUUUUUAUGUGCUGUCCUGUGGCUAUCAUUUUCUCUGUGUUUGACUCCUGUGUUUGUUCCUCAGUUUAUCGUCAUUUCAGCGAAGAAAAAUACUGUAUGCGAAUGCGAUCAGAAGCAAAAUGUAAUCAAAGUCUGUAUUUUUUAGUUGAUAUUGUUACCUAUCAUUUCUUCCCUUUUUCAUUGUCGUUUCGUGCUCAUCCUUUGUUGACUUUCAUCGUGUUAUAUAAAGCCAUGUUUCUACCUUUGUUUUUUUUUUUUUCUAUUGGGGAUUGUUUUACUCUCCACUGUUUGGGAAGCUCAGACUUUUCCAAUUUUUUUGCCAACCUCAAAAUUGCUAGCAGAAAAAAAUCAAAAUUGAUGAUUAAGGAAAAUUUUCAUCUGAUUUCAUUGUUUAGAUUGUGAUUUUUUAAAAAGGAUUUACAUAUUUCUGUCUGUCUUUUUAGAUGGUUGGUGGAUGUAUUCAUAAAGUCAAAAUAACAAAGUGGAAAUGUUAGUAUAGAAUUUUAUCUAUUAUGCUCUGCCACUAGUUAUAUUUCUUGUUUGUA